AGGGGGCAGCACGUAGCAGACGUGCAGAGCGAGUGCAAAGCAAGCGAUUUAAGCGAAUUGAGUGAAUUUAACGGCUCACAAACAGGAGCAAGGUGGUUGUUUGUUGUCACAGUUAGUGGCUGGGAUGGUUGUGGUUGUGAAGAGUGCGUGUGGCAGUUAUGUCCGUUGUAAUAUCGCAUUUAUGGCAUUAAUUCACGCAUGUUUGCGCUUUGUUUACACGACACGCUCAAAACGAACCAAGUAAAUCAAGUAUUUUCGACGUUUUCGAUACUUGUGCAAAUAUGGUUAGAAAAGUUUUGAUCAAGCACUUCACAGCAAGCACACAAAUUAUCCUUAUCAGCAAUAAAUAAUUAGACUUGCCUGUGAUACGACGUGUCAUCACAUGACAUAAGCAUUCCUGCACUUUUGGGCUGUAGUAGCACAAUUGGAAUCAUUUUAUUUAGAGUAAUACAAUGAAGAGGAAUGUGGUAAAACUUUUUAAAUAUGUGAUGCUGAUGGGCAUCACCAUGAUGGUGACCAUUGUUCUCUACAGGCUUAUCAGAGGAAGUCCUGGUGAAUUAAGUGGGAUACCAGAACAAGCAAAACUUAGGCAUUUUGAUAGCUUCAUGGACAAUGAGAAGAUAGAUUGGCAUGAUUACAAGCAAAUCAUUGAUGAUUUGCAGAGGAAGGGUGUUGGUGAACAAGGAGCACCAGCAAAACUUUCAGAAAGUGAACAAAGUUUAUAUGAUUCCAUAUUUAAAGUAAAUGGUUUUAAUGGUGCUUUAAGUGAUAAAAUUGCAUUAGAUAGGUCUCUUCCUGACAUAAGACAUGAAGGUUGCAAGAAAAAAAUGUAUUUAAAGCAUUUAGGCUCUGUGAGUAUAAUAGUGCCCUUUCACAAUGAACACUGGACAACUUUACUUAGAACAGUCACCAGUGUGUUAAAUAGAUCUCCAGCACAUUUAAUAAAAGAAAUUAUACUUGUUGAUGAUUAUAGUUCUAAAGACUUUUUAAAAAGCAAAUUAGAUGCGUAUGUAGCUGAGCACAUGCCCAAAGUAUCAAUAAUUCACUUGCCUGAACGUUCAGGACUUAUAAGAGCGCGACUUGCCGGCGCACGCGCUGCGACCGGUGAAAUCUUAAUAUUUUUAGACUCUCACACUGAAGCCAACGUGAAUUGGUUGCCGCCAUUACUGGAACCGAUUGCUCAAAACUACCGCACGUGUGUGUGUCCUUUUAUUGAUGUGAUUCAGUAUGAUAGUUUUGAAUAUAGAGCUCAAGAUAGUGGGGCCCGCGGUGCAUUCGAUUGGGAAUUUUAUUAUAAACGCCUGCCCCUCUUGCCCGAUGAUUUGAAACAUCCCACCGAGCCAUUUAAGAGUCCGAUAAUGGCUGGCGGAUUAUUUGCCAUUAGUGCCAAAUUUUUCUGGGAACUGGAAGGCUAUGAUGAGGGUCUUGAUAUCUGGGGCGGGGAACAGUAUGAAUUAAGUUUUAAGAUAUGGAUGUGCGGUGGUGAAAUGGUGGAUGCGCCAUGCUCAAGAGUUGGACAUAUUUAUCGAAAAUAUGCGCCAUUUAAAAAUCCAGGUGUUGGUGAUUUUGUGUCCAGAAAUUAUAAACGUGUUGCCAUCGUGUGGAUGGACGAAUAUGCCGAGUACCUUUAUAAACGUAAGCCGAAUAUGCGUAAUAUGGAUCCAGGUGAUGUUUCUAAACAAGUAGCGCUUCGCAAUCGGUUGCAAUGUAAAACUUUUAAGUGGUUUAUGGAGACUAUUGCAUUUGACUUGCCUAGAAAGUAUCCAAUGAUUGAACCGGAAGAUUUUGCUUUUGGAGAAAUAAGAAACAUUGGUGCGCCAGAGUUUUGCGUUGAUACAAAUUUUAAAAGCCGUGACUCUGUCGUUGAGCUUCGCAAUUGCAUUAAAGGAACCAGUAAUCGCGGAGAACAAAACUUUACGCUGACGUGGCACAAAGAUAUACGGCCUAAAGGAAAAACUUUAUGUUUGGAUGUGUCAGCGUCAAAAAACAAGGCUGAUAUCACGCUAUAUCCGUGCCAUGGUGGCAAAGGAAAUCAAAUGUGGCGCUAUAAUAUUGACAAACAGUGGCUAAUGCAUGGAACCAAUCAACGUUGCAUGGAUUGUGAUCCAGGUAGUCAACGUGUCUAUGUUAGCGAUUGCGAUAAUGAGUCCAAAACGCAGCGAUGGCGGAUCGAAAAUGUGAACUUGACAAUGUUGGCAAAUUGGGACAGCGUUGGUCCUGCAUAAUUUAAUUGAUGCGGUAUACAGUAUUCAUUUUUAAUACCGGCUUCCUUAAACAUACUUAAACUUGCCAUAUAUUUAUCCACGUUACAAAUAUCUGUGAUAAAACUUUAAUAAAGAAACCCUAUUUUAUUCCGAAAA